UUUAUGCCUGGUGUUCUGUUGCUCUCGUAGGUUGCUCUGUUGCUCUAGCUUCUGCAUUUCUGUUUUCACUUUCCGAAGGGACGUGCCGCUGGCUGUGGCCACUGGCAUGUUACGAUGUCACCCGACUCGAAAGACUGGAUUGCUAGAAAUGUGCGAGCCUCGCGUAUGUACCGUGCUUCAUACUCCCUCUCAAAAUCUCUUCGGAGCGCGCCAGUUCAAACCAUAUCUGAAUUGACUCCCGGUGCAUCCUUCAGUCAACGCUUGCCCAGCGUUCACUACAACCAUGCCGGAUGAUGUGGAUGGACGAAUCUCACCGUUGCUGGCUUAUCCACACUACCCAGGUACAUCGACGUCUCGCAAAACCUCCGGUCACCAUGCCCAGACUCCCCCGUUGUUACGUUCGGGCCACUUUCUGGUUCAUAAUCGGAAUCAUUCUCGGCUGGCGACUGUGUUCGAUACGCGACACACAGGACCAAGCCAGUGCGAACAGCGAUCAUGAAGGCUGGGUGUCUAGAACUACCUUGUUUGUGGCUGUCCUGUCAAGUCCGGGUGGAGCCGAGCUCCGCACGGCAGCGCGCAACACCUGGCUCCGCCUCGGAGCUGGCAAACCCGUCGCGCACAGGUUUUUCGUGGGCACCAAGGGACUCCCGGGUACGCAGAUCCAAUCCUUGGAACAAGAAAGCCGAAACCACAACGAUGACAUCGUGCUCCUCCGUAACCACGAAGACAGCUACGACACCCUCGCUGCCAAAAUGCUCGCCAUCUUCGACUGGACGGCGACUGUGUACAAGUUCGACUUCUUCCUCAAGCUCGACGACGAUUCCCUGGCGCGAGUCGACUCCAUCUGCCUGGAACUCGACAAAUUCGCCAAGUUCCCUAACCUCUACUGGGGCUUCUUCGCGGGCAACGCGCCGGUGUUCAGGACGGGCAAGUGGGCCGAGAAGGACUGGUUCUUGAGCGACAGGUACCUUCCCUACGCCAGGGGCGGAGGCUACGUCCUGUCGUACACCUUGGUCCUGUACCUGAGCGCAAACUCGCACCACCUACAGCACUACAAGAGCGAGGAUGUGGCAGUUGGGGUUUGGCUUUCCGGGCUCAAGGUGAAGCGGGUUCACGACCCUAGGUUCGACACGGAGUACAGGUCGCGAGGGUGCUCCAACAGCUACCUCGUCACCCACAAGCAGACGGCGCGGAUGAUGUUCGACAAGCACAAGAGCCUCAAGGAGAACGGUGUCCUGUGUCCGUCCCAGGUGCGUUGGCGGAGGUCCUACGUGUACAACUGGAAGGUGCCGCCGUCACAAUGCUGUGUCCGUAACGACAGUAGGAUACCCUAAGGUGGCCGUGUAGCCUGUGCGGAAUAGCGUGUGCCAAAGCGAAACUUCGUUCUGUAGGACUGUGCGACGUAGUGAUGCAGAUAGUCACAAUUAUAGUUAUUGCAAUGACUUGAGGGCAUGAGCUGGAUUGCCUUGGAGCAAGGAGAAGUGUUUUAACUCCUCACGACUGCGUUCGUCUGGUCUAGGUCAGCCUCAUGAACGUUUUUUUUUUCUUCUGUUGCGAUGAAUGAGCAAACAUACCUGCAUUGAAGAUAGGCAUUUGUGGCUUUAUAUAUACACUCAUCACUCAAGCUUUCCUUUGUUUGCUUUGCUUCACAGCAAACUUAAUAUCCUUGUUGAAAUGGUUACAACAGUCUGAAAAUGGCAAAAAACAGCUAGAGAUCUUAGCUCUGGUUCGAAUUAAGAUGAAGGAAGAACGGGCAGAUUGGGCUGCUUUCCAUGAUAUGUAUGAUAUUUUACUGCUUAAUGCCUGUUAAAGACCCCAGUGGUACUGCACUGGCUAAAUUUCUUGUCUUUGGGAGACAACAGACACCCAUGUUGGAGCUGACUAACUUCCUGCUGUCUAGGCAUAAACACAACACUUUUAUUACUGUCAAGGUGUAUGACGUAAACUUGGGAAGUAUGUCAAGAAGAAAAGACUUUCUAAUAGACAUGCCACCAGAAAUGCAUGAAAUGCAGGGUGCCAGCUUUCAAACUUACAGUUGACAAUGCUUUUAAGGCUGAAAUAGAAGCUCUAUAAAAUCAGAGCUCCAUAUAUAUAAUGCAUCACUCUAGGUUUGUCUUUUAUCAUUUCUUGGGCUAUUUUCAAAAUAUAAACGAGCAAAGACAAAAAAAAAUAAUACCAACAAAAAUUUGAUGGCACAUGCCCAGGCCUGAUUUACAAUAAUGCCAAGACUGUUUCAAAAUGAUAUGAUAGCUGGACAAACAUUUAACCCUUGCCUUCUCAACUUUUUCUUCAAGGCAUGUACAGCAAAGUUUUAUUUUAAACACAAUUUGAAUUAAAAUAAGACAUAAAUAUUUCCUCAA